UACUGUUUAAACCGCUGCGGCAAAAAUAAAACACAAGGAAAGGACACGCAGAGUGGCCUUUUUGACCUAUUUAUCCAACAUCAUUAAUAAGGGCAACAUUAUUAAUGUAAGAGAGGGGAAACUGCGAGUUUUCGUCGUUAGCAGCAGUUUAUUUGUGUUGCUAACAAGAUGCCGUCACGAGUUGGCGAUUACGAGGUGCUGCACACUAUAGGUUCUGGUUCUUACGGAAAAUGCCAGAAAAUAAGACGCAAAUCUGACGGGAAAGUGCUGGUUUGGAAGGAGUUGGACUAUGGCGCAAUGGCUGAAAGUGAGAAGCAGAUGCUGGUGUCAGAGGUCAACCUCCUUCGGGAGCUGAAGCAUCCCAACAUUGUGAGAUACUACGACCGCAUCAUUGACCGCUCCAACUACACCCUCUACAUCGUCAUGGAGUACUGCCAGGGUGGAGACCUGGCCAGCCUCAUCGCCCAGUGCGUCAGGGACAGACGUUAUUUGGAGGAGAGGUUCAUCCUGCGGGUCAUGGCUCAGCUGAUGCUGGCGCUGAAGGAGUGCCACAGGCGGAGUGACAACAGACCCACCGUACUCCACCGGGACUUGAAACCGGCCAACAUCUUCCUGGACAUGAAGCAGAACGUGAAACUCGGCGACUUCGGCCUUGCCCGGAUCCUCAACCACGACACCAGCUUUGCGAAGACGUUUGUCGGGACGCCCUACUACAUGUCUCCUGAGCAAAUGAACCAGAUGUCGUACAACGAAAAGUCCGACAUUUGGUCUCUGGGCUGUUUGCUGUAUGAGCUGUGUGCACUAUCGCCGCCGUUUACAGCCUACAACCAAAAGGAGCUUGCAGUGAAAAUCCGAGUGGGGAAAUUUUGCAGAAUCCCGUUUCGAUAUUCCGAAGAAUUAAACACCCUGCUCAAGAAAAUGCUCAACUUGAAGGACUAUCUGAGGCCGUCUGUGGAGGCCAUCCUUGAGAGCAGCCUGCUGGCAGAAGCGGUCAGCGAAGAGCACAGGAAGCAGGAGCACCAGCGGAAGAAGUCGUCGGACUCUGACUGUCCUCCCGAAAAGGCGGCAGAAGCGUCCCCGCCCUCCGUCAAAGCAGCAGCGGAGCUCCAGCUUAGAGAGCAAGCGCUAAAGGAGCGAGAAAAGGCGCUGAAGGAACGCGAGAAGAUGCUGGAGCAAAGAGAGCGUGAGAUGUGUGUUCGUGAGCGACUGGCAGAUGAGAAGCUGUUGAGGGCAGAGAGUUUGCUGAGGAAUUUUAAUCUCCAACACAAGAAGGCACAGACCCCGCUUUAUGGCCAAGACAUAGGUAUGUGGGAGAUGGGCUCGCCUGGCCAGAAGAAGGUCCACUUUGCUGGGGCCAGCAAGGAGAACAAACAGCUGCUUGGCUCUCUGACAGUGACCCCACAGGAGGACAUUUACGGUCGACACGCUCACAUCCUGAAUGAAGUGGAGAGAGCCUGUCAGCUCCUUGGCUUCCGCAUUUGACAGCUUUGUCAAGUGUAAAUAGUGUUGCAAGGGCUUGACCACUGUGUGUAUGUUAAGCUCCUUAUAUGUGUGUUAUUUAUACAUUUUGAAUUGCAGUGCUAAUGAUAAGCUGUGAGUGUGAUUGUAGUGAAUCAAUGGAUGAUUGAUACAUUAACUUAGCGAUGAGGUGGCGACUUGUCCAGGGUGUACCCCGCCUAUUGCCCGAAUGCAGCCCGAAAGGGACAAGCGGUAGAAAAUGGAUGGUACCAAAAAUGUUCACAAGAUGGCGCUAGUUUACCACAAUUGUGAUUGCAUUCAAAAGUCCUGCAUUGGCCAGAUUGGGGUAGCAGUGUCGCACAAUUGUCUGGAUCAUAACCAGCUAUUGACAAUUUUAAUAAAUAGAGCAGGAAAGUUUUAGGGACAAAGUGAUUGAGGAUAGAGAUGUUGAUAAAUGCUUUAAAAUGUAAUAUCGGAAAUUAUCGGUAUCGUUUUUUUUUUUUUUAUCGGUAUCGUUUUUUUGUUUUUUUUAAUUUUUAAUUUAUUAAAUCAACAUAAAAAACACAAGAUACACUUACAAUUAGUGCACCAACCCAAAAAAAUCUCCCUCCCCGAUUCACACUCAUUCACACAAAAGGGUUGUUUCUUCCUGUUAUUAAUAUUCUGGUUCCUACAUUAUAUAUCAUAUAUCAAUACAGUCUGCAAGGGAUACAGUCCGUAAGCACACAUAAGCUGGUCCACUAAUAGCACUAACCUUUAACAGUUAAUUUUACUCAUUUUCAUUAAUUACUAGUUUAUAUGUAACUGUUUUUAUAUUGUUUUACUUUUUUUUAUUCAAGAAUUUUAUUUUAUUUUAUAUUAUUUAAAAAAACCAUACCUGGUUGUCCAAAUUAGGCAUAAUAAUGUGUUAAUUCCAUGACUAUAUAUCGGUAUCAGUUGAUAUCGGUAUCGGUAAUUAAAGAGUUGGAUGAGUCGCGACUUGUCCAGGAUGUACCCCGCCUUCCGCCCGAUUGUAGCUGAGAUAGGCUCCAGCGCCCCCCGCGAUCCCGAACUGAAUAAGCGGUAGAAAAUGGAUGGAUGCAUGGAGUUGGACAAUAUCGGAUAUCGGCAAAAAGCCAUUAUCGGACAUCCCUAAUCAUACUUGCCAACCCUCCCGAAUUUUCCGGGAGACUCCCGAAAUUCAGCGCCUC